AUGAUUGGUCGCGCGGAUCGCACAACACGUAUGCUGUUGACAAUACUGGUUGUAUUUUUACUAACAGAAUUGCCACAGGGUAUAAUGGCCGUACUAUCGGGCAUGUUCUCGGAGGAAUUCCGACGACAUAUUUAUAAUAGUCUUGGCGAUGUGCUGGAUUUGCUAUCGUUGUGCAAUGCAUGCACUACAUUCAUCAUCUACUGCUCAAUGAGUGAACAGUUUCGAAAUGUUUGCUUUAAUCUUUCAGUUCUUCGCACAAAUUGCUAGAC